CUCUAAGCAGGGUUUCGCAACAAUAACCAGAACCGCCGCCAAAGUCCAUACCUUUAUCAACCACUUUGAUUUUCCGGCGAUUUCGAGGUUCUGGCUCUUGUCACAAAUGAAUUCAAUUCAACGUUUCUCGUUAACAACACGCCAUGGAAAAAAGCUAAGCGUCUUCGAGUCAUGUGUACGCCAUUUCUGCGGAAGAGACGGCGUAAUAAAGGAAGAAGGAGACUGGUUUUACUCGCCGGAAUGGUGGGAUCCUAACGACGGCGGUUACACAGUCUCACGAGCUACUUCCAGUAAAGGAAACGGCGUCGUUUCUGUCGUCGCCCAUCCUUCUUCUCUCCCUAGUAGAGAUUCAUGGGGAGAAACUGAGAGAUGGUUAGAGAAAAGGUAUAUGGAGAUAAUGUCUAGAGAUGGAGAGGAGAAGAAUGGGAGGUUUAAUGUACUUGGGUAUCAAUGGCGAUCGCUUCGGUUUAACGAUGAUACUCGACAAAGCACUGUGAAAGUUAUGGCUGCUUGUAGAGCAUUGCAACCGAGUUCUGUUUUUUAUAUGCAACAACCUCAUUGUCUUGCUGUUCCUUAUCUGAAGAGCAUGGUUUCAGUUGGAUUGACUUCCCUUGUAGCUUCUAAAUUUGAUAUGAGGAGUGUUGCUAUUGGGGAGAAAGAAAUGCGUAUAUUAUGCAUCGGUCACGGUGGAGGAAGUUUACCGUUGUUUUUAGCUAAACACAUUCUUGGUGCUGUUGUUGACGUAGUUGAGCUCGACCCACUUGUUAUCUCAGAGUCGGUUAGAGCAAUGGGCUUCCCUGCAUUCUCUGUCAUGACAUCAACCGGGAAACGUGCGUUACCAACUCCUGAAAUUAUUGACCAAGUGAUGUGGCGAGGCAUCCAUGAGAGACUCUUCCUCUACGAAUCAAAAGCUGAGGAAUUCAUUCUCAGGAACCAAAGUAAUACUUAUGACAUGAUCUUCAUGGAUGCUUAUGAUGGAGCAGACAUCUUUCCUCAUAGUCUGUGGGAUUCCAAUUCCGUGUUCAUGAAUGCUUUGAGCAAAAUACUUCACCAUGAGCAUGGAACUAUGGUGGUGAACCUUCACUCUGACGCAGACAUCUCUGAUAUAGACAGAUCAAAUGAAGGUGUAACAACAGGGAAGUAUGUUCGGAAAGUCGGUAGAGCCUAUAAAAAGGGUUUAAUGGAGAAUGAGAGAAAUGGGUUGGUGUUUGCUUGUGAAGUGCCAUGGCUAUGUAAUUUAUCGCUAGUGGUGAGCAGAGGGAUGGGGUCACAGGGAAGACAUAGAGAGAAAACCAUGAGCAAUCUCAUGAAGACUUCACUAGAAGUUGACCGAAUCCUGCGUCUGCCUUUCUCUUGCUUGGAUUAUCUGAAAACUGGUCUUGCCAUCAUAUGAAUUGAUCUCAGGAUUUGAGUCUCCAUUGGGGGGAUUCAGUAGUAGCAGCAUGUUCUUGCUAAAUUCUUAUUAGGGCCUGCUCCAUCUCCUUGAACUGUCUUUUGAUGUUUUUCUCUGAAUCGAAAGCUUGUUUGUUACGGCUUCUGUCUUCAGUCAUUUUGUUGCCUGGAGGUUAAUCAGUUGAUUUUGUGCUUUGUGACAGAGACACUUUGAACCUUCGAAAAUUUCUUGAAACCUGAAAGUUUGUAAACCAGCCGAUCGCUUUUAUGUAGUUCAUAAGGAAAUCUUUUUGGAAUAAUCCUAAAUUAUUUUG